AUGAUAGAAGUUUAUAUUUUCUUAUCCCACUUCAAGUUUUAUCCAUGUGGGACAAAGGUUAAUAGCUUUGCUAUUUGGGCCAAGCCCAAUAAGUCAUUUCCAAUACCAAACAUAUUUAAGCUAAGCAAUACCUGCAAGUCGGCCAAGGUCGAAUGGGAUACCCUGGAGGUAGCCUUUGAAGGAACGUCAAAGGUGAAAAUCUCACGGUUACAGAUCCUGACAUCUCGUUUCGAAGCACUUCAAAUGACUGAAGAAGAAACUAUCGUUGAGUUCAAUGUUCGAGUACUUGACAUUGCCAACGAAUUAGAUGCUCUAGGAGAAAAGAUGUCUAAUUCAAAACUUGUUUGGAAACUCCUUAGAUCUCUACCAUCGAAGUUCAACAUGAAAGUCACUAUGAUCGAGGAAGCUAAUGACCUGUCAAAAAUGAAGCUAGAUGAAUUGUUCGGGUCAUUACGUACGUUCGAAUUACACCUGGGAAACAGUGCAAGCAGGAGGAAACCUUGUCUGGCUCUAACCUCAGUAAAGGAAGAAUCCAAAAAGGAGUACAGGAUUGCAAAACUCAAGAGUCAGUUGCAUAAACACAUUGGCAGUCAACGCAACAGCCACGAAGCCUCCUCAACUACUCAACCUAGAACAUCAAGCUCCUUUUUAUCCGGACUGUACCGAAGGAAGGACCACGAACGAAAUGAUAAGGACAUUGGCUCUUCAAAAAUUGAAAAGUCUGGUAAAGGAAUCAGGUGUCAUGAGUGUGAAGGAUUUGGACACAUUCAAUCUGAAUGUGCAACCUAUCUCAAACACAAAAAGAAGAGUCUGGUAGCCACCUUAUCAGAUGAAGAAGACUAUUCCGAAAGUGAUGAUGAAGAAGUAGGAAUGGCCUUGAUCAGUAUCACCACUAUGAACGAAGAAGAAGCCACACAAGUGACCUCCCAAGCAUCAGACCAGCAGAAAUCAAUGGUAGACGACUGUCUCAAUGACAGUAUGGUGCAAGGGAAGUGGAAGGAAGAUCAAGCAAUCAUCAUACAACAACAAGAAAGGAUACAAUGCUUGAUGGAAGAAAAUCAAAGCUUCUUAUCCUCAAUAGUUACUCUAAAAGCCGAAUUAAAUAAAGUAAAAAAUCAAUUUGAAGAACUAACCAAAUUUGUAAAGAUGUUGACAAACUGGUCUAAAAAACUAGAUGAUCUAAUUGGUCAAGGAAAGAGAUGCAAUGACAAACGAGGUGUGGGUUUUACAGGAAGGAAAAGCAGAGGGAACAGGAACACUGUGUUUGUACGAGAGUGUGACACUCAGAAUAGUCAGACAGAAAAUGCAAGAGGGGAGUACACAGUGGAUGCUGCCUUACUUUUUGAUAAUGGCUACUCCAGGCACAUGAUAGGGAAUGUCAUCUUCUUCUCAGAACUUAGCGAAUGCAAUGCAGGAUCUGUGGUUUUUGGUGAUGGAGGGAAAGGAAGAAUCAUUGGUAAAGGAACUAUUAAUCACCCUAGUUCACCCUAUCUGCUUGAUGUUUGCUUGGUACAUGGGCUGUCAGCAAAUCUGAUCAGCAUUAGUCAACUGUGCGAUCAAGGAUAUCAAGAUUCAGAGGUUAAUUUAUGCAAUCUGUCAAAGGCGGAGGAGGCUAGCCUGUGGCACAAGCGAUUGGGACACAUCAGUGGAACGUCCAUUGCCAAAGUUGCAAAGGUAGACGUCAUUAUAGGUUUUCCCACUCUCACUUUUAAUCCUCAGGAUUGCUGCUCGGAUUGUCCUACUGGGAAGCAAGUCAAGUCAUCCCAUAAGCCGAGCCUACAGAAUCUUACGAGAACAGUUAUGGAGUCCAUCAAUGUCAUCAUAGAUAAUCAUGAGAAAGUCUCUAAUGGAAGCGUUGAUGAAGAAGAUGGAGAUAUCUGGGCUCCUUACUCCUAG